CACGACGGGUGAAAUCUUCUCAGUCCAACUGCACUAUUUGUUUAGCUAUCGAAUACUCAUCAAAGAAAGUAGCUUAUAUACCAAUUUAAGUAACUCGUCACUCACAAAUAGUUAACAGUGAACGAAGGCAUUGUUAAUACUGGGAAUGGCGUCGACACCGCCUUAUAACAUCGAUGAUGAUGAUGAUGAUUGGCUGGGGGAACGGAAAAGUAUUCUAAUUAAUAAGUAUUGUCAUCUCGAAGUGAAAUUGACAAUCGAUGCACCUUCGUCAUGCCACUGCCAAUUGCUAAUACGUUCUGGAAUCACAUCCACUGUCGCUCAUCUCUCGUUUAGACAUCCCAGAUGCUGGCCCCUGAAAGAUUUACUACUCGAGGACUGUUUCAAGUAUUUGGAAACACACGAACCACGAUACGAGAAUUUUCCUGGUGAUCGUUCAACCUACAAAGUUGACAUUUUGGUUGGUAGCAAAUACGUUGAUCUACCACCGAGUAUGGCAGAGCUUCCUGAGCCCAUUUACACGCAACUUGAUUGCUCCAGUAAUGUCCCAAAAGAUAUUAAUUUAAAUUAUGAAGCAGAACUGCUGCUCAUGUCAGGAAAUCCUGACCCAGAUCCUGAUUUCAGAGAAGCUCACAAUUUUCACACUGAAUCCUUCUUUCCAAUUGCACGAUCAACGACAGCUUUCAAUAACAUCAUGGAGAUACAUCGUGAAAAGUCUCCCGAUUCAUUUCAAGUGGAACUCGUCUGGAGAGAGGCAGUGAUUAAUAUUUCCCAACAAUCGAACAUGGCCUUCAAUCUCAUUUAA